AUGGAAAGAGUUCUUGGUGAAGUGGAAUAUCUCCUCUUGGAGCGACCAGGUCAUGUAGCCUUAAGUAACGACACGGUGUCUGUUGAUUUUCAGUACUUUGUCAGUGGUAAUGUGACAGCAAAGAAUGUAUCCAUCCUACUGCUGGAUGCCAGCACCAACCAGACCAUUGCAAAAAAACAGCUUCCACCAAGCCAGUCACGGGGGAUAGUAGGGUUUGAAUGUUUCUCUUUCAAGACUGCUGGGGACUAUUGGUUCAGAAUGAUCUCUGAGAUUGAUAAUGGCACUGAAAUUCACUGGAGGGGUGGGAGCACCCUCCUAAGUGUGGAAUGGCCUGUAUUUCACAUUGACUUGAACAGGACCUCUGAGGUGCUCAGGAGUUCCCUUCAGGUUGGACUUUUCACUAAUAAACAAUUGUGUGCUAUGAAUGAGACAGUGGUUUCAUUGGACGUGAUAUUCACCAACAGCCUGUAUGAACUAGGAAGAUUAAGCUCUAAUGAGGCAUUGGGAAUGCGAAUUAGCAAAGGAAUCUUUCUCUCUAGAUCCCAGUGGGUGGAGUUUGACUGCCCACCUAUUGACCAAGAAGUGUAUGUCACUGUGUUACUGAAAUCAUUAGAGACCAACUCAGUCAUCGCCUCAACAGGGCCCAUAGACCUCAUCCACAAAUUUGGAUACAAACUAGUGGUGGCACCAGAAGUGAUGUGCAAGUCGUCCAUUCUGGUGUUUAUUGUCUCCCCUCCAUGCAUUGCCAUCAAUGGGAAGGUUGCUGUGUACAAGGAAGCUCUCAGACGUCCUGGUGAAAGAACGACAUGGCUAGAUGAAAACUUCCUACGCCCAGGGAGCAACAGAACAGAAUUUAACUGCACUUUGUUUGACGUGGGGAAAAAUAAAUAUUGCUUUGAAUUUUUUGACAUUUCAAGCCAAAGCCAAUCGCCCCCAAGAGUUAAGGAAUGUAUGGUGAUCCGAAGGAAUAUAGAAACAUGGAGCCUGUGGCAGCCCUGGAGUCCUUGCAGCGUGACCUGUGGGGAUGGAGUCCGUGAGCGACACAGAGAAUGUCUCACAUCGCUGCCAGCAAAACCAGGCUGUGUUGGGACACCGAAAGAGACUUCGCUGUGCUCUCUAGAGGAAUGUUCUAUUAUAAAGCCUACCACCCCUCCUUCUGUACAGCACCAAGAGGACCAGAAAGCUAAUAAUAUAGUCACCAUCACUGGCAUCUCCUUGUGCUUGUUCAUAAUCCUAGCCACUGUUCUCAUCACCCUGUGGAGGAAGCUCUGCAGAGCUCAGAAGUGCAGCACCUCUGUGCGCUGUAACUCUGUCCAUUCGCCCAGCGUCCACAAGAACUCCGACGAAGAGAACAUCUGUCAAGCUGGCACGCAGCGGGAGAGCUUUUCCGCGGGCAGCGAAGCGCCUCGAGUGCAAGCCGGAGAGCCUGUUAACAUACCUUUGACCUGUAGGAGGAGCCUUCAGUUUGCUCAAGAAGAGGACACCUCUGUCAGUGACAAUUUUCAGUCAAAUGCUCAAAAAAUAAUCCCUCCAAUUUUCAGCUAUCGCCUUGCACAGCAGCAGCUGAAAGAGAUGAAGAAGAAAGGCCUGACUGAAACCACAAAGGUGUAUCACGUAUCUCAGACGCCUCUGACUGACACCGUUAUUGAUGCCACGGCUGUGCUUCCCCUGGGCACAGAAAACCAAGAGGAGGCUGCUGCACACAAAUUCAGGAUCAAAUCUCCAUUUCUGGAUCAGCCAGUCAGUCAUCUCAAAUUCCCUAGGGAAAAAUCUAAUUCUAGGGUGGACUCUGUACUGUCACAGGCCAAUCCUGUAACAAGCCCUAGUCAGACCCUCAUUAGACGAGCUCACCUGAAAUACCAAGAUAACAAAGGGGAGCCGUUAGAGAAAGGCUGUCACAGAAACCCACAGUUCAGAAGAACAGCCAGUUUCCAUGAAACUAAAAAGGUCAGGCCCUAUAGGGAACGGAGCAUGUCCACUCUUACCUCACGGCAGAUUCCUCUUUAUAGUGCCAGGACCAGAACGUGGGGUCAGGCACUGGAAGACAAGUCCCGGCCGACAUGUAAAGAUGCUGAUCCAAGUUCCGAAAAGUUUGACCAGUCUCAUUGCACUCUGUUAGCUGGUGAGCCACUGAGCUAUGGCACAAAAUACCGCCACAAAGGGGGCCCUCCAGUGGGGAGGCCGGAUCUGAUCAGUGACCGUCAGCCUGCAGGCCAAGUAGCAGGAGCUGACAAACCAGAGCCAAACAGAAACAGGAGGGGCUCUUCACCAAACCAUCGAGGGGCUUUGAGGAAAGAACCCAUCUCAACUCUGAAAGAUAAUUACCGGCGAGGCAGUGCUCUAAGCCCUGUCCAGUACAGAAAGGACAAAUGCCAGAGCUUCCCCACAGACCCUGAAUUUGCCUUUUAUGAUAAUAAUUCUUUUGGCUUAACAGAAUCGGAGCAAUGGAUGAUUGACCUGCCUGGAUAUUUUGGUUCAAAUGAAGAAGAUGAAACAAGUACUUUAAGUAUUGAGAAACUGGUGAUCUGA